AGUCACUACACACGACACUCUACGCUAUUUUAAACCCUGACGAUAGAAUCCUCAUUCAUCCAAAUCUAUCUACUAGGAUGCCCAACUGAAGCAUCAAACCGCCAGCUUGUCUUAAAAACCUAACGAUGUAGUUUGCAUGUAGAAUAUGAAGCCUAGGCAUGUCAUUUGUACCAUUAAACUAUUUUCUCCUUUUUGUUAGUUGUUUGCCCAGCUGGAACAUACCACAAUGUUUCAGGCAACGAAUGUGUCGAUUGUCCUCUUGGCUCAUAUCAACAGAUGGAUGGUUUGACCAACUGUACAGCGUGUCCUUUUGGAACUACAACAUUCAAUGUUGCUUCCAAUCACAGCUCUGCCUGUAAAGAAAUCUGUACCGCUGGAAGUUUCUUUAACAUGACUGCAGAGAGGUGCCAGCUUUGUCCUAAGGGAUUCUACCAGGAAAAUACUGGCAAAAUGCAAUGUGAUUAUUGCCCUAGUGGAAGGUCUUCUAGUCUUGGAGCCAAAAAUGUUUCUGAAUGUGUAGUGAAAUGUGGCCUAGGCUCUGAGUUGAUAACUGGUGAUGCAUGCCAGUUGUGUCCUCGUGGAAGCUACAGGGACGCUGCGAAUCAAACGAGCUGUGUUCCUUGCCUGGUGACUGGAGGAGUUACAACAACAACAUACAUUCUAGGAGCUAAAAGCUCUUCAUCUUGCAAAGCUGUUUGUCCACGUGGAAAAGAAGUAUCAAAAGAUGGCAUGAAAUGUAUGGCUUGCCAAACUGGCUUGUAUAGGGAGAAUCUGCUUUUGCCGCAUUGUAUUGCCUGUACAAGUGGAAGAACAACUAAAAUGCCAGGAAGUGUUUCAUCCAGCAACUGCAUCUCUCUGCAAAACACAAAGAAGGAAAGUGUAGGAAUCCGGUUCACAGUAGAAGUUUGGAAUUCCAAGCUGUCAGAUGUCAACAGUUCAGAAUUCAGAACUUUGAUAUCAAAGAUUUGUAAAGAAGUAGAGAGAAUUUAUGCCGCCGAAGAAGGCUUUAUGUCUGUCAAAAUCAACCAGUUCAGGAAUGGAAGUGUCAUAGCCUUUGCCGAUUUGGUCUUCUCUACAUCAUUGUCCGACCCUCUGGACAAGCUCAGUAAUGCUAUCGCAUCCGGUUCUGUUGGACCUCUGUCAGUUGAUUCUACAUACAAAAUUGUUGACCACUGUAGACUGGUUGGCAAUUGUGGCGCAAAGCAAGAAUGCAAAAGCGAUGCCACCCACGGAUACUGUGCCUGUAUUCAAGGUUACUACAAGCCGUCUUCAGUAUCAACCUGCGAGGUCGACUGCAGUCCCUCAUUCUGCUUAAACGGUGGCAAAUGUGAGCGUGGACCAAACUACAGGGUUUGUAGGUGUGCCAGUGGCUACUCAGGCAACAGAUGUGAAAAAGAAGGCAACAACGUUGGUCUGAUUGUAGGCUUAUCAAUGGUAGGCUUGCUUUUAAUUAUCAUUAUUGGAAUUCUCGUGUGGAAGAAAAAUCAACGGAAAUACCAUGUCAGUACAGGGAUCCAGCUUGAUGACACAGCAAGUGCGAAAAAAUUAUCUGACUAUCCUCUGAAGACAUUUACGAAUCUGAGUGCUUAUGAUGAAGUGCCUUAUUCAAACAAAAGCACUCAAUCUUCUGUGCGAGUACUCUCCAACAAGGUAGCCGUUGACAGUGAACAUGCCGAUGAACAAGAUGCCCUGAAAGUAGACGAGAAAGACGUUUAAUGGUUUUACAGACUUACCAGCUGUCUAAAAGGCGACUAUUAUCAAAAGGAAAUCAUUGAUUUACAAAUUGCUACUUUUUUCAAUCAGCUUUGGUUUAUUUUAUCUAGCAAUUUAUUUUUUCUUUGAUCUAAGAUCGUUAAACAUUUUGUUAAAUUUUUUCUUAUACGGUUGGAAGUUGUUUUCUACUUACUAAAUUUUUUCUACAUUUUUUGCUAUUGGUUGAUAAACUGUUCAGUGGCUAGAUAUUCCUCUUGUUUCCUCAUUGACGUUCCUAAUACCUGCAAAGAAAUCGAUCAGAAAGUCCAAGAUGCGUUAGGAAGAUUUGAUCCAUCAAAGAGUAAUUCCAUUUAAUAAUUUCUGCAAUUCACCGACAAAACAAUUCAAUAAUCUGCAAAAAAAGGAACUGAAGACAAGUUUUGUCCGUUUUACUUCCAUGUUUUCCUUGCACCUGGGACUAGGCCACGUGCUGAAACCUGCCUAACACGGAGAAAUGUAACAAGUUUGUAAAGAAAAGCAUGUUUCCUUCACUACUGCCUUAAAAUCAGGGGCGUAUUCAAGAAGCAGUGGCGUAGCCAGGGUUGGAAGAUUGGUGGGACAAAGAGAAUAAUUUUUGGUGACCAGACCCCUAUGAUUUUUGAAAAACACCCCUUUUGUGGCAUUUUCACGUGGCAAUUUCCCUUUAUACAGCGUCAUAUGUAGCGUUUUGUGGCUGACCAUAUUAUCGACCAGAGGCCGUUGCCUAAAACAGCUGGGGUCUGGGGACGCUGUAAGAAGCCCCUCAACGGGUCCAGGGCAACGCCUUGGUAGGGGUCCAGGGGGCGAAGCUCCCGGAAGCUUCCGGGAUUUUCUCAUUUCUGAGGUCUCAAAGUGGCUUAGAAUCCUUUGAUUUCUCUUUCUGCAUACAUUAUUAGAGCAACACAACCUGUAGACUUUAAUUUUAACUUGUUUAUUGGGAAGUGCCAAACAAAAAGGUAUCAUUAAUCUAAAACGAGAAUUUAAAACAAUGAAUAACAAUGUCAAACAAUCUUAUAAUAAACAACGUUCGUAGUUUUUUUCAACAAAUAUUACUCCUCCCCAACAU